AUGUCAUAUCGAAAUCGUUUCUUUGGAAUCUUAAAAAAAUUGACCUUAUUCAGUUUGAUUGUGGCUGUUGCCAUUCCCCUCUAUUAUAGUUCAACAAGUCAUCAAUAUGUUUGUCUUCGUUUCUAUCACUCAAUGUUAUCACUGAAAUAUUCUCUCAUAUCAGAUCAAUCUCGACCAACUCUUAGUGCUGAUUAUCGAGCUUUUGAAGAAAUAAUGCUUAAUGUACCUUUAGCAGAAUUAGAUCAAAAGGUAGAUAUACUUAAUGUUAUCAAAGAUUUACGUACAACUUUCACAAUGAAUACCAUUAUUCCUAAACCCUCACAAUGUCAAAUCAACAAAGAAGCAUUUCAACAUGAUGAACAAUUAGUAGAUACUUAUUGGAUAAAUUAUUCUACGAAAAAGUUUGAAAAAAAUUCUGAUAAACUAUUAGUUUAUUUUCAUGGUGGAGGAUAUAUGUUAGGUGACAUUCAUAGUUAUAGUGGAUUUGAAUGUCAUUUGUCUUAUCUUUUCAAUUUAACCAUACUUCAUUUGGAAUAUCGUCUUUGUCCUGAACAUCCAUUACCUGCAUGUGUUGAUGAUGCAGUUGCACUUUAUCAUGCACUUCUUCGUAAUAAUAUUUCACCAUCUCAAAUACUUAUUAUGGGCGAUUCAGCAGGUGGUGGUCUUUCUCUACUAACUAUUCAAACUUUAAUUGCUCGUCAAUUAUCUAUUCCCCGUGGUGUUAUUGUCCUAUCACCAUGGACAGAUCUUUCAGCAUCUGGUGAAAGUUAUAAGCGUAAUCGUCAAAUUGAUAUAAUAUUCCGUAAUACCAAGGAGGAUGACGAUGAAAUUGUUAAAUUAAUGUUGGGUCCUAAUCAUUCUCAAUUAUCUGCUGAUAAUCCUAUUUUUAGUCCGUUGUUUGGUUCAUUUGAAGGAUUUCCACCUAUGUAUAUCAAUGUAGGUACAGCUGAAAUAUUAGAAGAUGAUUCAAGACGAGUUUUAAAUAAAGCACAAGAAGCUCGUGUAGCUGUUACAUUUGAAGAAGGUUUACAUUUGAUGCAUGCUUAUCCAGUAUUUUUUCUCUAUUAUCCUGAAGCACGAAAUACACUUAAUAAUAUAAACAAAUGGAUUCAACAAAUCUUUGAUGAAAAACUUAAUGAAUAA